GAACAUUUUGUGGGAGUUUCGCCAUAAUUGUGGAGCGUGUAUGAGUUCGUUCAGAUCUCUCUCAAAGUGUGUUGUGUGUUGCAAAAGCUCCUUGAACUUUUUUUUCUGUUCUGUGCUUAGAAAACUUUAACUUAUAGAAUUUACUGUGAGAGACAAUUUUGUGUGAAGUUUCUGUUGGACAACUCGAAAAUAGCCACAGGGAGUCCUGUUAAUUGGACUUUUUGUGGGUGGGAUGUGUAGUACCAAGUUUUUUCUAAAUGGGAUUGUGAUGCUGACACAUGACGCGAGAGAAUCCCCAAAAUGGAAAUCUCACAGGAUUUAGGAGCACUGAUUGAAAAUUAUGUAAUUUGGGGAAAUGGUGCGUCGGAUAUACUGGAUAGUAUUUCACGGAUUUCACUGUAACCCCUGACUCUGGCUCAAGGAGCUCUCCAAAGGGAUACUAUUGUCGUCUGCUUUUCCCAAGUGGCAUCCCUCAGUGACUUAAUGUGACAGUGUCCUGAAAAAUUCCUAUGGCUCUCCAGGACCAGAGGGUGACUAUAAUGGGGGGUGAAAGGUGAAUGAAGAUAAAAUGUGUGAGAAUUUUCAUGUGAAAAAAGGCUAAAAUACUCUCUCGGUGAAUGUUGGAAAGGAUGAGGUGCUGAUUUUAACAAAAAAGAAAAAAAUUCAGCUAUAGCAAUUCUCCCAGUGGAUUUUUCAAGUGAUUGUGGAUGGUGAAUCCUUCACGUGUGCAAAAAAGAAUCAAGAAGGGAUAAGAAUGUGAAAGGAGAAACUCUUUUUUUCUGGACACUCUUUGGCUGCAAGGAGAGUGGGAUAAGUCAGAGCGAGUUGAGGAAGAUAGAUAUCAAAUGUACAAAAUUGAUCUUCACACACUAAGCUACAACAUCAUCCAAUAAGUGGGUUUUCUUACAACAUUCUUCACCCACGAGAAAGUUCAUUUUAUUAAGAGAAGAAAAUUAAGUGAUAAUUGAAUUUUGUGUGAAGUCAUUGAGGCAAUUGCUGAGCAUUUAAUAGGAAACUAUAUAGCAAGAAAAGUUACUGUACAUAAUAACAACUGAUAGUGAGACUACAAAAUAUGGUGAUUUGUUUGAAAGCAAUUAAAUGUUUUCGAAAUAAUUUAUAUAAAUGAGUGAGAAUACUAAAAUAAUUUGCAUUACUAAAAUAAAUAAAUUAAACUACUGUAAAAAAUUUAACUGAAAAGCUUUUUAAAUCUCAUAAACAUAAAACAGCAAGUGUAUAAAGUGCAGAGACAUCCUUAAAUCUUCCUAUUGUGACUGUGAUAAAUCUUCACACCAAGAGAAAGAAAUAACUCAAAAGAAAUCUCAAUGCUUUAAAAUCCAAGUGUUAAUGUUCUAUCGUUCUUCUGCUUCGCGUUGCGGAGUAAUUUAGAAAUUAAGAGUACUUGAGCACGAAAUUAACUUAUCAACAGUUGAAGAAAGGAUAUAAUAUUAAUCAUUCCCUGCAGCUAUUUAGCAUUAUACCAAAACAACCACAUUGUUUAAUUUUCAUCAAAGUGAAAUCAUUUGAAAAAGUAUUAAAAGAACAAUCCUAACAGCUUCAUCAGUAUUUCUUAAAGCAAGAGCAACAAUGCAAAACUAGAUAAGAAUUAUAUCUCUUUAAUAUAAAAAAUAUCGAGGAUAGAUAGAAGAGAACCUUCGCUCAAAAAAAUACAGCAGGGAAUUAGGAAAUAAGACUGAGCUGAGGAGAGACAGGAAAUUCAAUCAGUGAGCUCUUUGAGAGUGAUAGGGAAAUAGAUAAGGCAUAAUAAAAUGACGAAGUCAGCCUUCAAUGCAACUGCGGCAGUUAGAAAUGCAUCAACGAAUGCCGUGGAUGUGGCCACACUCUCCACAGCUCUCACAUCAGAGAUGACAGAUGCCACUACGGGCAGUGGAACACCACGAGAAACAAAUCGAACAUGGGUGUUAUUUUACGAGACAACAGGAGGUGGAAAGUAUCACAAGUAUGAACAAAGUUUUGAUACUGGAACUAACUUUAUGUUGCUCCUUGAGGAAUUUGGCGAGUACUUCUAUAAUUAUAAUGGAACCGAAGAUGAUCUAACCAAUUCCAGUAACUUUACCGGAACCGAUUUUGACUUUCCACUCAACUGUACAUUGCUCAAUACCACAUGUCCAAGUACCACGCCAGUUGAGUACAACUACUGGGCCCUCCUUCUCAUUCUCUUCCCAUUUUUUACGCUUUUUGGCAAUGUCCUCGUUAUUCUGUCGGUGUGCCGUGAGAGGACUCUGCAAACUGUGACCAACUACUUUAUCGUAUCUCUAGCAAUAGCGGACUUGCUUGUAGCUGUCGUUGUGAUGCCAUUUGGUGUAUACAUUUUGGUAAACGGAACGUGGUCUUUGCCCAAUUUUGUGUGUGAUUUUUAUAUAGCAAUGGACGUAAUUUGCUCAACGUCAUCAAUCUUCAAUCUCGUCGCAAUAUCUAUUGACAGAUAUAUCGCCGUGACGCAACCGAUAAAAUACGCAAAACAUCGCAACAAUGGUCGCGUGAGCCUGACUAUAUUGUUAGUAUGGGCUAUCUCAGCUGCUAUUGGGUCUCCUAUUGUGCUGGGCCUCAACAAUACACCAGAACGUGUCCCGGACCUGUGCGUUUUCUACAACAGCGACUUCAUAGUGUACUCAUCACUGAGCAGUUUCUACAUUCCCUGCAUAAUCAUGGUAUUCUUGUAUUGGAAUAUCUUCAAAGCCCUAAGAUGUCGAGCGCGAAAGCAGAGGGCAGCCAGGAAGCAGAACAUAUCAGAUUUGGAAACAGGCGGUAGUGUAAUUGAAAACAUUGCAGAGACGCGAAAGUUUGCCGAGACCAUGCUCAGCAAGAAUGGGUCUAACCCAAUUGCAGAUGAGGAAAGACUUACAAAUACAGCUUCGGGUUCUGGGGAGGCAGAAGAUGACGUUAUUGGAUCUCCAGACGUUGACGAUUGCCAUGUGAUUGUUAAUGAUAAAUCUACAGAAUUUAUCCUGGCAACAGUCGUCGAGGAGGCUGGAAAUGUCAUGGCCCAAAUAUCAUCACCCACCCAGAUGACCAAGGAAGGUAAUGGAAAGCACGAGGCCCGAUACUCUCCCAAAGCUGCCCCUCAUCCAACUGACGAAAUCAUGGUAGCCCCUCCAUGUACUUCAGAACUGGCUAUCGGAAGUAUUCUCAUAAAUCGCAAUGUGACGUCAGGGAACGAUCUCAAAGGAAGCAAAUCUUCAAAAUCUGAACAGUUGAAUGUGACUGUUAAACCCAUGCCCUUCGAUAAACGAGGCUUCCAAGAGGCAAUAACACUUGCUAGGCACAGUUCCACCCUAUCGACCAUCUCAUCCGGCGGCUCCAGGAAGGAGAAUAAAAACUCACAAGCAUCUAGGUUCACAAUAUACAAGGUCCACAAAGCUUCCAAGAAGAAACGUGAGAAAUCGUCCGCUAAGAAAGAGAGAAAAGCCACGAAAACUUUGGCUAUAGUUUUAGGUGUUUUCCUUAUUUGCUGGGUACCAUUCUUCACAUGUAACAUCAUGGAUGCCAUCUGUACAAAGCUGGACCUGAGUUGCUCACCCGGUGUCACAGCUUUUAUCCUCACAACAUGGUUGGGAUACAUGAAUAGUUUUGUGAACCCAGUGAUUUACACUGUUUUUAAUCCCGAAUUUAGAAAAGCAUUUAAGAAAAUUAUACAUAUUGGGAAUUAACCUGUAAACUAUCUCUAGCAAUUUAAGUGACUAAUAAAAACAAAAAUCUUUAAAGAAAAGUAAAAAUAGCGAUAAAUAAUUGAAAAGAAAACAAACUGAAAACUGAUAACAUUCAAUAAAACAUAUGAAAACGAUUAUAAAAA